AUGGCAAACAAAUGCAAAAACCCAAAGGAUCAGAAGCAACAAGAGGAUUUCUCACUGAAGGAGACAAAUCCAAACAUCAAUGCAGGAAGAGCCACAACCUUGGACCUUGUAGAACAAAUGCAAUUCCUCUUUGUUAGGGUGGUGAAGGCCAAAAACUUGUCAUCAAAAAAUAAUAGUUGUUGCUGUAACCCUUUUGUGGAAGCAAGGAUUGGAGCUUUAGUGGGAAGAACAAGGUCCCUCGAUAAAACAGAGAAUCUUGAAUGGAACCAAGUCUUUGCUUUCGCGAAGGACAAGAUUCAAGCACCUAUGUUGGAGAUCUUGGUAAAGGACAAGAAGUGUGUUGAAGACAAUAAUAAAGUGUUCAUAGGGAAACUUGUGUUUGUAGUUAAUGAUGUUCCUAUGAGGGCUUCUCCUGAUAGCCCUUUAGCACCAGAAUGGUACAAACUCGAGGAUCAUAACGGAUCAAAGCUAAAUCAAGGAGAGUUAAUGGUGUCUGUUUGGAUGGGGACUCAAGCAGAUGAGGCUUUUCCUCAUGCUUGGCAUUCAGAUUCUGCUAGUGAUUAUGAGCAUAGUACUAAUACUUGUUCAAAUGUAUAUCACUCUCCAAGGUUUUGGUACCUUAGAGUUAAUGUGAUCCAAGCCCAAAAUUUGAAGCUCAAAACCACGAAUGGAGGAAGCAGCUUGGAGUUUUAUAUUCAAGCUUUUUUGGGAAACUUGGCUUUGAGAAGUAGACCAGUUAGGAUUAGUCAGAACCCUGUUUGGAAUGAGGAUUUGAUGUUUGUUGUGGCAGAACCUUUUGAUGAAUCAUUGAUUUUGAGCAUUGAGGUAGGGAAUCAACAUAAGCAUGAAAGUAUGGGAAGGUGUGUGAUUCCUUUGAAGAAUGUGGAGAGAAGAAUAGACGAUGCAUUGGUCGAAAGCGUGUGGUACAAUCUUGAGGAUCCGAAUUCCCCUGAGGCUAGACUUCAUGUGAGAGCUUCUUUAGAUGGAGGAUACCAUGUUCUUGAUGAAGUUACUCACUAUAGCAGUGAUUUUAGGCCAUCAUCUAAGUCUUUGUCCCAACCCAAUAUUGGUGUUCUAGAAUUGGGAAUUUUGAAUGCUGUAGGACUCUCUCCAAUGAAGAAGGAGAAUCGUGCUGACGCCUAUUGUGUCGCUAAGUAUGGUCCGAAAUGGGUGCGAACAAGGACUAUUGUUGAUAGUCUUUGUCCAAAAUGGAAUGAACAAUAUACUUGGGAAGUGUUUGAUCCUUGCACUGUGAUCACAAUUGUGGUUUUUGACAAUGGACAAUUAUUGCAAGAAGGAAAGCCUAUUGAAGAUAAGAGAAUUGGUAAGGUGCGAAUUCGGCUCUCCACGCUCGAAACUGAUAGAAUCUACACUCACUCUUAUCCACUCAUUAACUUGACCAAUCAAGGAGUUAAGAAGAUGGGAGAAAUUCAGUUAGCUGUGAGAUUUUCUUGUUCAUCUUUGUUGAAUGUUUUGCAAACUUACACACAACCUUUACUCCCAAGAAUGCACUACAUAUCUCCAUUGUCUAUAUUUCAGUUGGAUAGUUUAAGGAGCCAGGCUGCUGCUAUCACCACAUUGAGGUUCAGGCGAAAAGAGCCUCCAUUGGCGAAAGAGGUUGUCGAAUACAUGCUAGAUGUGAGGGAAAAUGUGUGGAGCAUGAGGAGAGGAAGAGCUCAAUUUCGAAGAAUUGCUGAUCUUCUAAGUGUUGUUGUUUUCAUUUGUAAAUGGAUUAAUCAUGUGCAUAGUUGGAAGAGUUCGGUUACCACAAUAGCAAGUUACAUAAUCUUUCUUGGUGUGAUUUUCUGUCCUCAAAUGAUUCUGGUAACAAUGUUUUCAAGCCUUCUCUUGCUUGGAAUUUGGCGAUACAGAAUUACCGGCGACAAUCUUAAGAAGAAGUAUGAUAGAUUGAGAGGUAUUUCAGGAAGGGUUUUAGCAGUGAUGAGUGACUUGGCAACUCAAGGAGAAAGGGUGCAAUCCUUGUUAACUUGGAGGGAUCCAAGAGCAACAUCUUUGUUUGUGAUUUUCUGUUUUGUUGCUGCCAUUGUGACUUAUAGUGUUCCGUUUCGCUUCUUAGUCUCUGGCUUGGUUGCUUACUGGUUAAGGCCUCCGAGGCUUCGCGGCGUUGCUGGUAUUCCUGCUGUUCCACAGAACUUCCUUAGGAGGAUGCCUGCCAAGUCUGAUGGCAUGCUUUGA